AUGAAGUCUGCCAACGCGCAGAUAUGCCCCCAGGUUGAGCCGCUGUACCCUACGAAGCACGCAGAGUUAUGGACGAGCCUCGGGGACACGUUUGGAAGCAGCGCCUUCAAGGACAGAGCUAUCGACUGGCUGUCUGGCGCCGUACAAGUCCCCACCGAGUCGUACGACAACAUGGACCCUGUCGGCAUCGACCCACGCUGGGACGCGUUCCGCCCCUUCCACGCGUACUUGUCGCAGAAUUUUCCUCUGGUGCAUUCGACGCUUCAGAUCACCAAAGUGAACACCUACGGUCUGGUAUACGCCUGGAAGGGCUCCGACGAGUCGCUAAAGCCGUUGAUGCUGACUGCUCAUCAAGACGUUGUCCCGGUCGAUCCAUCGACUGUGAGCGAUUGGGAGCAUCCGCCGUACUCUGGUUUCUACGAUGGCGAAAUCAUUUGGGGCAGAGGAAGCUCCGACGACAAAAGUGCACUGAUCAGUAUCAUGUCCACCAUCGAGUCGUUCCUGGAAACGCAGUUCCAGCCCACCCGUACCAUCCUCCUCGCUUUUGGCUUUGACGAGGAGUCUGACGGAUUGAACGGCGCCGGAAAGCUCGCUGAAUAUCUGCUUUCUACAUACGGCGAGAACGCAUUCGCUGCGGUCAUCGAUGAAGGCGGAGGAUUUGGGGAGCGACACGGGACUAUCGUCGCUACAGCCGGCAUCGCUGAAAAGGGCUACCUCGAUACAAUGAUCGAGGUUGCCACGCCUGGAGGGCACUCCAGCAUCCCUCCCUCCCACACCAGCAUCGGCAUCCUUUCUGCCCUCAUCGUCGAAAUUGAAGCACACCCAUUCGAAGUGCACCUCUCGCGCGACAUGCCCAUCUACGCCAACGUGCAGUGCGCCGGCGCGCACGGGAAAGAUAUAUCCCCUCGUCUGCGCGCGCUGAUCGAGGCGUCGGUCGCGGACGACCACGCGCUGCGAGAGCUCGAGGGAAUCGUGUUCGACGACCCGGCGUUCGCAGCGAGCGUGUACAAGGCGCUUGCGAGCACGUCGCAGGCGAUUGACCUCGUGCAGGGUGGCGUCAAGACGAAUGCGCUUCCCGAGAACGCUUGGGCAGUCAUCAACCAUCGCAUCUCUACCAGCAGCUCCGUUGGGCAGACCGUCCAGCACGACACCGACAUCCUCAAGCCCCUCGCGGAGCGCUUCAACUUGAACUACACCGCCUUUGGCACGCACGUCUCGCCGAGGGACACGGGCGCCCCGACGCGCGGGACCCUCGUGCUCCGGGACCCAUGGCACACCGCACUCGAGCCCGCGCCCAUCACGCCCACAGGCCCCGACGCGGUGCCGUACCGCAUCCUGAGCGGCAGCAUCAAGGCGACGUACAACGCGCACCGGGGGAUCCACGGUGAUAACAUCGUCGUCAGCCCCGGCCACAACCCCGGAAACACAGACACCCGGUAUUACUGGAAGCUCUCGCCCCACAUCAUCCGCUACAACCACAAGAACGCGGGCGACGGCCAGGCGAGUCUGCCGAGCGGCAUCCACACCGUCAACGAACAUAUACGCGCCGACGAUUACGUGGAGAUGAUUAGGUUUUUCGCGACUCUGAUUCUCAACUUCGACGAGUCCGCGGAGCUGUAAUGGGCGUUCGCGCUCCUCGUAAGACGUAGGUGGCAUCGGGGGGCUGAACUCAAUCGCAAUCUGUGUUCCAAUGCGUAUAGUAGUGUACCCUAAUGCACCUCGCUCGGCGAUCUGCCAUUC